GGAGAGCCACGGAGCCAUUUUGUACUCAUUUUAAACUCAGUGUGGGUUAACGCAGCAGCUGCGCGCCGUGGAUACGCUGAUAGGCUACUAUGGAUACCGAGCGUCUUUUUCCACGUUAAAACUUCACAAUGAGGGAUAAAAGUAAAACGCGGUGCUGGGAGAGGGAGAGUUAAUGCCUUUGCGGAGGAGUUUCGGUGAAGUUGAAUGGGAUUUGGCAGGUACACAAGCAUGGAGCUACCGAUGUGUUGGAUUUGGGUUUGUGUCCUGUUCAACUUGCCGCUUGCGGGAUGUUUGGAGAUACACCUUUCGGAAACUUUACAGCCCGGGACCCUUUUGGCAAACAUGUCGCUUGGCCCUGGAUGGACUUCUAAUCUUGACAGGACUUUAUCCCCCAAAUUCAUCCAGAGCGUUUUCCAAGUUGGGAGACACGAUGGGAUCAUCAGUCUGUCCCACAAAGUUCAGUGUGCGCACACACCGAGGAACCCAGCGCCUGUUUAUUUCAGAACAGGUUCCUUGACAUCUGGGGACGUUAUUCUGACACAGUUUAAUGUGUUUGUCCACGGCCAGGACUGUUUUAUUAAAUACAAGAGAAAGAAAGCGUCAGGUAAGCCAGACAUUCACAUUAAACACCUUACAAAGCUGGAGGCAACUUCCUGCUUACCCGCAGGUAAACUGCUUUUGAAUGUAACAGAACUUUUGCCUGCCUUUACGCGCAACACCGCCUUUUUAAACAGCAUGUGCGUUGGCAAAGACUUUAGCGCAGUGUUCAGACAUGGGGAUUUGUUCCUGGCCAGUGACUUGUGUCUUGAGCACAGAGGACAGCCCGAGGUGCAUUUGCACUGCGCGCUGCGCAGCUCUCCAGGCGGCAGGCUCUCCGUGCAGCUGAGUUUGACCCUUGUAAAAGUGCCUAAACAACAUGGAUCCUUCUCCGAAACGGUGCAGAGGAAGUCUGGCAAAUUGAUACACAGGGGGAGGCGGCAGGUAAACGCGUCUCCCCAGUUCCAGCUCCCCAACUAUCAGGUGUCCGUGCCCGAGAACGAGCCUGCGGGCACGCGGGUUAUCACCCUGAAAGCCACUGACCCGGAUGAUGGAGAGGCAGGGAGGCUGGAGUACAGCAUGGAAGCCUUGUUUGACAGCAGGUCGAAUGACUUUUUCGACAUUGACUCUCAGACAGGGAGCAUAACAACCGUCCAGGCACUAGACAGAGAAGUCAAAGACACCCAUGUUUUCAAAGUCAGUGUAACUGACAAUGGCUCCCCCAAAAGAUCUGCCACUUCUUACCUCACUGUAACUGUGAGUGACACUAAUGACCACAGCCCAGUGUUUGAGCAAACUGAGUACCGUGUUAGCAUCCGGGAGAACGUAGAAGUGGGGUUUGAAGUGAUGACAAUCCGAGCCACUGAUGGUGACGCUCCCUCCAACGCCAACAUGAUUUAUAAAAUUGUCAACGGCGAUGGAGUAAACUCUGUGUUUGAAAUCGACCCCCGGAACGGCCUGGUGAGGAUCAGAGAGCGGCCUGACAGGGAGACCCGGGCCCAGUACCAGCUGAUUGUUGAGGCCAACGACCAGGGCAAAGACCCAGGCCCCCGCAGUGCCACCGCCACUGUCAACAUCUCUGUGGAGGAUGAGAAUGACAACUACCCACAGUUCAGUGAAAAGAGAUAUGUUGUGCAGAUCCCAGAGAAUGUGGCAGUCAACACCAAAGUCAUCCAGGUGGACGCUACAGACAAAGACGAGGGGAACAACGCCAAAGUGCAUUACAGCAUCAUCAGUGGCAAUGUUAAAGGACAGUUCUACAUUCACUCCCCCACCGGUGUGAUUGAUGUCAUCAAUCCUCUGGACUAUGAGAUGAUUCGAGAGUAUAAUUUGCGGAUUAAGGCUCAGGACGGCGGCAGGCCUCCUCUGAUAAAUGGCACAGGGAUGGUGGUGGUGCAAGUGGUGGACGUGAACGACAAUGCCCCCAUGUUCGUCAGCACACCUUUCCAGGCUACUGUGUUGGAAAAUGUGGCCAUUGGUUACUCUGUGAUCCACAUCCAAGCAAUUGAUGGUGACUCAGGAGAAAACGCCCGUUUGCAUUAUCGGUUGACUGACACCACGCCUGGGUUUCCGUUCACCAUCAACAACAGCACAGGCUGGAUUACAGUGAGCGAAGAGCUUGACAGGGAGACCACUGACUUCUACACCUUCGGCGUGGAGGCGAGAGAUCACGGGAUACCCGUGAUGUCCUCCUCAGCCAGCGUCAGCAUCACGGUGCUUGAUGUGAAUGAUAAUGUACCCACAUUCACAGAGAAGGUCUACUCGCUGAAGAUCAAUGAAGAUGCCGUCGUAGGGACCAGCGUACUGUCAGUGACGGCGGUGGAUAGGGACGUCAACAGCGUGGUGACCUAUCAGAUCUCCAGUGGCAACACCAGGAACCGCUUUGCCAUCACUAGCCAGAGUGGCGGCGGUCUCAUCACCUUAGCCCUCCCCUUGGACUACAAGCAGGAACGCCAGUACGUCCUGACAGUCACCGCCAGUGACGGAACACGCGCCGACACUGCUCAGGUGUUCAUCAAUGUGACGGACGCCAACACACACCGGCCCGUCUUCCAAAGUGCCAACUACCAGGUGAUGCUCAGUGAAGAAAAACCGGUGGGCUCCACUGUGGUGUUGAUCAGUGCUACGGACGAGGACACGGGGGAAAAUGCUCGCAUCACGUAUGUGAUGGAGGACAAUGUUCCUCAGUUCAAAAUUGACUCGGAUACAGGUGCCAUAACCACACAAAUGGAGAUUGAUUAUGAAGACCAGGCCUCCUACACGUUAGCCAUCAUUGCCAGAGACAAUGGCAUCCCUCAGAAAUCUGAUACCACCUAUGUGGAGAUUGUCAUCCUUGAUGCCAAUGAUAAUACUCCUCAGUUUCUUCGGGAUAGGUACCAGGGGACUGUAUUAGAAGAUGCGCCUGUCUACACCAGUGUUCUCCAGAUCUCCGCUUCAGAUAGAGAUUCUGGCUCGAACGGCAGGGUGAGCUAUUCGUUUCAGGGUGGUGAUGACGGAGAGGGGGAUUUCUUCAUAGAGCCUUACUCUGGUAUCAUCAGAACUGCUCGCAAACUGGACCGGGAGAAUGUUCCUGUUUACAAUCUGAAGGCCUAUGCUGUGGAUAGGGGGAUUCCGCCUCUGAAGUCAGCUGUUCCCAUACAUGUGGUUGUCCAAGACAUAAAUGACAAUGCUCCAGUGUUUGAGAAGGACGAGCUGUUCAUUGACGUGGAGGAGAACAGCCCAGUGGGGUCCGUCGUGGCCCGGAUCACCGCCACCGACCCUGACGAGGGAACCAAUGCUCAAAUCAUGUACCAGAUUGUAGAAGGGAAUAAUCCAGAAGUUUUCCAGCUUGACAUUUUUAAUGGCGACCUCACUGCAAUCACAGACCUGGAUUAUGAGGCUAGAAGAGAGUAUGUCAUUGUGGUCCAGGCCACCUCAGCACCACUAGUGAGCCGGGCCACUGUGCACAUCCGCCUUGUAGAUAUGAAUGAUAAUGAGCCAGUGCUGCAGAACUUUGAGAUUAUCUUCAACAACUACAUCACCAACAAGUCCAACAGUUUUCCGUCAGGAAUAAUCGGAAAGGUACCAGCUCAUGACCCGGAUGUGUCGGAUAAGCUGCGGUACAAGUUUGAAUCUGGAAAUGAGCUCAGUCUGCUGCUGUUGAAUGAAGACACUGGGGAUCUGAGGUUAAGCAGGGAUCUGGACAAUGACAGGACCUUGGAAGCACCUAUGACCAUUUCCGUCUCAGAUGGUAUCCAUCGGGUCGUGGCCCUCUGCACGCUGCGUGUCACCGUCAUCACGGAUGACAUGUUGACCAACAGCAUCACGGUGCGUCUGGAGAACAUGUCCCAGGAGCGCUUCCUCUCUCCCCUGCUCAGCCUCUUCCUGGAGGGCGUGGCGGCUGUGCUCUCCACCAAACGGGAGGCAGUGUUCGUGUUCAACAUCCAAAACGACACCGACGUGCAGGGCUCCAUCCUCAACGUAACCUUUUCGGCGUUGCAGCCCGGGGGCGUCCCGGGGAAAGGGACGUUCUUCCCUUCUGAGGACCUGCAGGAGCAGAUCUACCUCAACAGGACUCUGCUCAGGCUGAUCUCCUCUCAGGAGGUGUUGCCAUUUGAUGACAACAUCUGCCUGCGGGAGCCCUGUGAGAACUACAUGAAGUGUGUGUCGGUGCUGAAGUUUGACAGCUCCCCGCCCUUCAUCGCCUCCGACACGGUUCUGUUUCGGCCCAUCCACCCCAUCAACGGGCUGCGCUGCCGCUGUCCGCUGGGUUUCACCGGCGACUACUGCGAGACCGAGAUCGACCUCUGCUACUCAGGACCCUGCAUGAACAACGGGAGAUGCCGCAGCAGAGAGGGAGGGUACACCUGCGAGUGCCUGGAAGACUUCACGGGCGAGCACUGUGAGCUGAAUGCAUCAUCAGGCCGGUGUGUACCUGGCGUGUGUAAAAACGGCGGCAAGUGUGUCAACCGGCUUGCAGGUGGUUUCAUGUGCCAGUGUUCCCCAGGGGAGUUCGAGAAGCCGUACUGUGAGAUGACCACCCGCAGCUUCCCCGGGCAGUCCUUCAUCACCUUUAGAGGCCUGCGGCAAAGGUUCCACUUCACCGUCUCCUUCACGUUUGCUACCAGAGAGAGAAAUGCUCUACUUCUCUACAACGGCAGAUUCAAUGAAAAACACGACUUCAUCGCUCUGGAGAUCAUUGACGAGCAGAUUCAGCUCACCUUCUCUGGAGGUGAGACAAAGACCACAGUGUCUCCCUACAUCCCAGGCGGGGUCAGCGACGGCCAGUGGCACUCUGUCCAGCUCCAUUACUACAACAAGGACGGGGGGAGUCUGAUGGACUCCAGUGGGGCUCUGCGGCUCCCGCUCUAUACUGCCUGGCUGGAGCUCAAUCAGAAGGAGCCAAACAUUGGGCGUCUAGGAAUCCCUCAUGGACCUUCUGCAGAAAAGGUGGCCGUGGUUGCUGUAGACGACUGUGACAUCUCCAUGGCGAUUCGGUUCGGAAAGCAGAUCGGCAACUAUUCCUGCGCCGCCCAAGGCACCCAGACCGGACAGAAGAAGUCAUUGGACUUGACGGGGCCGCUGUUGCUAGGCGGAGUUCCCAACCUACCCGAGGACUUCCCGGUCAGGAACAGAGACUUUGUGGGCUGCAUGAGAAACCUCAGCAUCGACAGCAAACCCAUCGACAUGGCCAGCUACAUCGCUAACAACGGCACCGCAGCAGGUUGUCCAGCAAAGAAAAACUUUUGCACAAAUGACGUGUGUCAGAACGGAGGAGUGUGUGUCAGCAAGUGGGACACCUACAGCUGCGACUGCCCAACCGGCUACGGAGGCAAGAAUUGUGAACAAGGGAUGCCAUCUCCUCAGUUCUUUGACGGCCAGGCGCUGGUCUCCUUGAGCGACACAGACAUUACCGUCGCUGUUCCAUGGUACAUGGGCCUCAUGUUCCGCACCAGGCAGCCUGCUGGCACCCUUAUGCAGGCCAAUGCUGGGCCCUACUCCACCAUCAACCUCAUGGUGAGUGAGCAACAAGUCCGUAUGGAGGUGUUGCUGAGGCAGCAGCUGGUGGCAUCGCUGAGCUUUCCCCAAGUUCGGGUCAACGACGGGGAGUGGCACCACCUGCUGGUGGAACUGAGAAGCAUUAAAGACGGCAAGGACAUCAAAUACAUGGCUUCUGUAUCAUUGGACUACGGCAUGUACCAGAAGUCAGUGCAAAUCGGUAAUGACCUCCCAGGAUUGAAGCUGCAAACUCUUCAUGUAGGAGGUUUGCCUGGAGACGGCAACCAUGUCAGCAAAGGAUUUGUUGGCUGCAUACAGGGUGUGCGUAUGGGUGAGACGUCCACCAAUGUGGCCAAUGUGAACAUGGCUCAGGGCAUGAAGAUCCGCGUGGAGGACGGCUGCGACCUGGCGGACCCCUGCGACUCCAACAUCUGCCCUGAGAACAGCCACUGCAGCGAUGACUGGAGCGCACACACCUGUGUCUGUGACCCAGGUUAUUUUGGUAAGGAGUGUGUGGAUGCUUGCCAGCUCAACCCCUGUGAGCACGUUUCGACCUGCGUUCGCAAACCUAGUUCCUCCCACGGCUACACCUGUGAAUGUGGACAGAACCACUACGGCCAGUACUGUGAAAACAAAGUGGAGAAGCCAUGUCCUCAAGGUUGGUGGGGCAGUCCCAUGUGUGGACCCUGUAACUGUGAUACUAACAGGGGAUUUCAUAAAGACUGCAACAAGACCACCGGAGAGUGUCGCUGCAAGGAAAACCACUAUCGGCCAGAAGGCGAGGACACAUGCUACCCCUGCGAGUGUUUCUCUAUCGGCUCGGAGUCGCGAACAUGCGACGCCAUCACUGGGCAGUGCCCCUGUAAAGGGGGAGUCAUCGGCCGUCAGUGUAACCGCUGUGACAACCCCUUCGCUGAGGUCACUCCCAUUGGAUGCGAGGUGGUGUACGAGGGCUGUCCCAAGGCGUUUGAUGCAGGUGUCUGGUGGCCCAAGACCAAAUUUGGCCGCCCCGCCGCCAUGAACUGUCCCAAAGGAUCAAUUGGCACUGCCAUUCGCCACUGCAGCGAUGAGAAGGGCUGGUUGUCGCCUGAGCUCUUCAACUGCACCACCAUCACCUUUUCCCAUCUGAAGAAACUGAAUGAGGACCUGCGGCGCAACAAUUCAAGGAUGGACAGUGAGCGCUCCAAGACUAUUGUGCAUUUGCUUCAGAGCGCCACCAACAACACCCAGCGUUACUAUGGCAACGACGUGAAGACGGCCGCCCAGCUGCUGAAUCACGUGCUGCAGUACGAGAGCCGGCAGGCAGGGUUCGACCUCACCGCCAUGAGGCAUGCCGAGUUCAAUGAGAACUUGGUGCGAGCAGGUAGCGCCAUACUGGAUCCUGACACCAAGGAGCACUGGGAGCAGAUCCAGAAGACUGAAGGCGGCACCGCCCACCUGCUCCGCAACUUCGAGGACUACGCCAACACGCUGGCACAGAACGUCAGGAAAACCUACCUGAAACCCUUCACCAUCGUCACCGACAACAUGAUUCUAACCGUGGACUACCUGGAUGUGUCGGACCCGGAGAGGGCCACGUUGCCUCGGUUCCAGGACAUCCAGGAGGCUUACUCCAAAGAGCUUGGAUCGUCCGUCCACUUCCCCCAGUUCAACCUCCGCACUCCACAGGGCCCCAGAGCUGAGCCCACCCCGGCCCCUCCAACUCAGACCGACCCCCCACAGGAGGAGGAGCACACAGUGUCCGAUAGGAGACGGCGCCAUCUCGAGCCAGCUGCCCCUCUGCCGGUUGCCGUGGUGAUAGUGUACAAAUCACUAGGGAAGCUCCUCCCAGAAAGAUACGACCCUGACCGCAGGAGUCUGAGGCUCCCCAACCGUCCAGUAAUCAACACAGCCAUAGUGAGUGCCACGGUGCACAGUGAGGGUCCGCCUCUUCCUCCAAUCCUGGAACCCCCCAUCACCUUGGAGUACACCAUGCUUGAGACGGAGGAGAGAACCAAACCUGUGUGUGUCUUCUGGAAUCACUCCAUUGCGAUCGGAGGUACAGGCGGCUGGUCUGCUAAAGGCUGUGAGGUGCUCAACAGGAACAACAGCCACAUUAGCUGUCAGUGUAACCACAUGACCAGCUUCGCCGUGCUCAUGGACAUUUCCAAGCGAGAGCAUGGUGAUGUUCUCCCGCUGAAGAUUGUCACCUACACCACAGUGUCUGUCUCCAUGUUCCUCCUCCUCCUCACCUUCAUCUUGUUGUGCCUCUUGCGCCGGAUCCGCUCCAACCUCCACGCCAUCCACAGGAACCUGGUAGCAGCGCUCUUCUUCUCUGAGCUCGUCUUCCUGCUCGGCAUCAAUCAGACUGACAACCCGUUUGUGUGUACGGUGAUAGCCAUCCUCCUCCACUACUUCUACAUGUGCACCUUUGCCUGGAUGUUCGUGGAGGGGCUGCAUAUCUACCGCAUGCUGACAGAGCUGCGGAACAUCAACCACGGCCACAUGAGGUUCUACUACGCCAUGGGCUGGGGCAUACCAGCUAUUAUCACCGGUUUGGCAGUAGGUCUUGACCCCCAGGGUUAUGGCAACCCAGAUUUCUGCUGGCUUUCUGUCCAUGACACACUCAUCUGGAGCUUCGCAGGACCCAUCUUUGUAGUCGUCCUGGUGAACAUAGUGAUUUUUAUUCUGGCUGCGAAGGCUUCAUGUGGUCGCAGGCAGAAGGCUUUGGAGAAAUCAGGAGCUAUUCCUGCACUUCGAAUGGCCUUCCUCCUACUGCUACUCAUCGGUGCUACCUGGAUGCUCGGCCUGAUGGCGGUUAACAGCGACGUUAUGAUCUUCCACUACCUGUUCGCUGUCUUCAGCUGUCUGCAGGGAGUCUUCAUCUUCUUCUUCCAUGUGAUCUUCAACAAAGAGGUGAGGAAGAACCUCAAGAACGUCUUCACAGGAAAGAAGAAUGUACCGGACGAAUCCAGCACCACAAGGGCCUCUUUGCUCACACGCUCUCUCAACUGCAACAACACGUACACAGAAGACGGCGCUCUGUACCGCUCGGGCAUCGGCGAGUCCACCGUCUCCCUGGACAGCACGCUCAGGUCAGCCAAGAGCCGCAGCAGCUACCUGGCUUACACACGCAGGGAGGAGUCUGGUCAGAAGCCCAGUGUCUCUUCAGGUACAGCUAAAGGACACACAGAUCUGGACGGACCUCUGUUCCACAGGAACGGCACCAAAGGAGAUGACUCGGACUCAGACAGCGAGCUGUCAGUCGACGAACACAGCUCCUCCUACGCCUCCUCCCACUCGUCUGACAGCGAGGACGACGACGUCGCUGUCAAGCCCAAGUGGAACAACGAGAGGCAGCCCGUUCACAGCACCCCUAAAGUGGAUUCGGUAUCCAAUCACGUGAAGCCUUACUGGCCAACAGAGGCCUCCAGCGACAGCGAGUAUCCCGGCGGGGCAGAGAGGCUGAGGGUGGAGACCAAGGUGAACGUGGAACUGCAUCCGGAAAAUAAGCUCAACCACACUGGCGAAAGAGAGAGGGAGACUCCCCCGGAGAGAGACAAUCAGACGCCUUGUCACGCUCGUGACGCAGCGCCAGCGAGCCAACCACAAAGCAACAGCAACCACCAGCCAGAGCAGAGAAAAGGUAUCUUAAAGAACAAGAUCAGCUACCCGCCUCCGCUCACCGACAAGAACAUGAAGAACCGUCUGAGGGAGAAGCUGAGCGACUACAACCCCCCCACCAUCACCUCCCCUCCCCCCAACAACAACAACACCUCCUCCCCGCCUCUCCCCUCCGUCAACAUCAUGGCCCCUUCGGCCCGGCCACCCUCGCUGGCCUCUAACGACGGAGGACGCCCUGGCAACCACGAAAGCAGCUCCCUCAUCAAGCCCCCAGUCGCCCCGCGGCCGCAGAUUCCUGCCGGGGCCCCGCCAGCGGGCGUCUACCGGGAGACCAACGGGGGAGUGGCAAUGCACUUGAAGUCAGGGACGGUCAACGGAGGCAACGAGUCUGACUCAGAUGGCAGUAACGAGACUUCGAUCUGACCUGUUAGGAAAACCCAGACCAGCCUGCCCUUGUGAGGGGAGGAGCGUAGAACCUGCUGGGCGAGGAGAGCCAAGAGCAUGGGAAUAAAAGAAAAGAAAAUUGAAGACGGAUGGGUGCUGCACAUUGAGUGAAUGGGAGAUGAAGUGUUCUCCACGCCUGAUCUGUCCGUCCAUCCCUCCUCUCAUGUUCCCUCUAUCUGGAAAGCAGUAUUAAUUGCAGACUUUAAGACUGCCCGAGACAGGAAAAUAAGCAGAGAUAAUGAAAAGAUGUGAGAAAUAAUAAAGGGAAUGCUGGUAUUGUAUCAAGAGAGGAUGAAAUGGAGCCACGUGUGCCAAAACCACUGUAGGAAAUAGGGGGACAGAGAGUCAGAAGAUGAAGAACUCCCCCAGGAUGCAUUGCAAGCCCCAAAAUGAUGUUCCUCCAUGGUGGUUACAUGUAUGUCGCCCUAGCAAUGGGUAAAGUUAGGAAAGCUGGGAAAGGCAGAUGAAUAAUCACUAUGCAUGAACUCAGACUCAAAUACAUGCUGGUACAUUGGUAGUCCUAAAGGAUUUCAAGGACUACAAACACGUCAGACAUAAAACUGACACAACCUGUUCUCACUAUUAGACACCACUGACUCUCAUACCGGACGGCGCUCUUUAAAAAAAAAAAAAAAUUGUACUUAAAGAAAGGCUUUCCCAGCCUCUCGAUGCAGUGCAUUUAGAGUGUAAUUAACAUGUAGAUAUUGUUAAAGGUGAAGAAGAAAUGAUCUAUUUUGUAUUUCAGCUGUAGCGAGGACAUGUUUCUUAACUAAAAAUCAUCUGCCUGUGUUCAGCUGGGAGAGCUUUCCAGUUGAGAAAAUCACUUGAUAUGCUGUUUUAAUCGACUGAGAACAAUCCUGAAUUGAGGCCUUACACAAACAAACACAUACUGUAUUAGCCUGUAGUGGGCUUUCAGGGGAUGUACCAUGCUCUCUGGCAGCAUAUUCUGACACACACACACACACAUGCACACACGCACGCUUGCACGCGUGGAUGGAUGAUUGUUAUGUCUGUGUGUGUGUGUAAGUGACCUAGAAUGUCUCAAGCACAUGCACACACACACAACAGUGGGCCUGUAUGAACAUUAAUUACGUGGAAUGGAGAGGGAUUCCCCCCUCCUGUUGAAAACUGUUAUUCAGUUCGAGCACUAUGAACCUGAAGCCUUCUUUUCCAGUGUCCAUCUUGCCUGUUUGUCCAAUGACAACACACUCCUGGUUACCAAAGUCAUGAACUACAGUAAAUGUGCACAUAAGGGUUGGAGUCCGUAUCACUUUGAACUCACUUUCAUUCCAAAAUAGGUGAAUAAAAAGGUAUUUGUUGGUCUUUGGUGGCAUAAAAAUACGGCACAGGAUUAGAAGUUAUGUUAAGAUCUAUCCUCGUUGAUGGAUUAAAUGUUUUUAACAUUUUUUUUAAUCUGAAACUGACAAGGAGAAAGCCUUUAGUAUAAAUAUAAAAGUAUGUUUUUAUUUUUUAUUGCUGAAUUUCUGAAUCUGAGUUCAAAGUGAAAACGAUGCCAACUCGAACACAUUUCGCAGCUAAUAUUAGGCAGCCUUAAAGUCUUGUUUACCGCUCACUGAAUGCCUUUGUACCAUACGUACAACCCCAGUGUUUUUCCUUCCUCUAAUCAAUGCUGUUGAUAAAUGUCCUUGUGUUUUUUUUGUAUUGAUCCGAGACACUGGAAAUGUUUUGUAACAUAAUGUAUAUUUAUUUUUUAUGGUUUUAAGACACUGGAAAGAAAAGAUGAUUGUGACUGUAAAAUUAAAGACAUGAUGAAUUUUUAA